UAUGUAUCGUCUAUGAUUAUUAAGGACAAAAAUUGACAUUGACAGUUUGAACAAUAUUGAAUAUGUUAUGAUUUAUAGAAUAUCUGUUUUUGAAAUGGUUUGAAAUAAACGUGAUUAAAGAAAACCUAUGCCUACAAUGAAUGCUCGUAUUUCUUAUAAUAUCUUUGUAUAAUUUAUUCACAGUUUGAUUUACAUAUAAGCUUUAAAAUCAUUUUUUAACUCAAAAUGCCGCGAGUGAAAAUGGAUUAUGUCGUUAGCUUUAGCAGUGAAGAUCCCAACAACCCAGCAAGCAACUUACUAGCAUGGGAGAUCAGCAAAAAGAAGUGGCUGUGCAGUAAAUGGGAACCUUCUUGCUCUGUGGUGCUGCAGCUGGAAAAAGCUGUGCAGAUCCAGUCCGUCCACAUUGGUGCCUAUCAAGCUUCCAUUGUGGAGGUGCUGGUGGGCCUCUCCGAAAAGCCUAAUGAUCCUUUUGAGGUGUUGGUCCCCAGCUGCGUGCUGGUGGCGCCGGGCGAGGCGCGGCGCGGCGCGGCGCAGCGCGUGCGCACGCUGGCCGCGCCCGACCUCGCCGCCGCGCGCACUUCGCGCUGGGACCGCCUGCGCGUCGUCUGCUCGCAGCCCUACAACAAGCAUUGCCAGUAUGGCCUCUCAUUCAUCCACAUAUAUUCACCUGAAGCAGAUGGAAACACACCCUCAGCACCAGUAACAGAAAGUGCAAUGGAGCAACCGGCAAAAGCGAUUCCUAAUAGAAUGUUCACACUCGACGGCCUCUCGUCUGAUGAGGACGAGUUCAAACCUGGGGAGCUAUUUGCGAAGCAUCAGGCAACAGAAAGUACUGAUGCUCAAAUAAGACAAGCGUCAUUUAACGCUCUAAAAAACAUAACCGACUCUGCCACGAAAUUGACCAAAACACCAAUAUCAAAGACAAGUGACGCUCGACAUAAAAAUAGCGCUAAAAAAUGUGACAGUGACCAAACAAACAGACAAAGAGACAGUCUGCUUUAUACAGACGAUGAUAAUCAACCUCACGGCAGAAUUGACAGAAUAGUGCAAAAACGUAGAGACGAAAAGAGUAAAGAGGAGACUACAAAUAGACAGAAAACAAUUGAGACUAAAAGAAAAAUAACCAAUGAGCGAAUGAGGGAUUUAUCGAACGAAAUUGACAAAGAAUUAAAUGAAAGUAUGAGAAAAGAUGUUGAUGGUGCGAGUAGUUCAAAGAAAAGAAAACGUGAUUCGACCGACGAAAGCAAAGAAAAAGAUUUGAUUGUUAAUAAAAAGAAUGACAUGAACAAGGUGAAGAGCGACAAGAGUGAUGACAGAGACGAAGCGCGCAAACGCAACAAAGUGGACGAUAAUAAUGCAUUCCGAGCCUCCCCCAGGUGCGCGUUCCCCAACACGCCGAAGCUGAAGGCGGCGCGCGCCGGCAGCCUGCGCUGCUUCGCGGUCACCGGCGACUGGCUGCAGCAGUGCUCCGCCGCGCGGCGCCGCCUGCCCGAGCGCUGGUUCGCCGUCGAGCCGCACCUCCACGUCGCGCCGCCGCCACACUACAUGCAACACUUAGACGACGGUGAUGGUGAUGUUGGUGGUGAUGGUGAUGAGGACGGUGGUGACCGCGCGAGCAAACCCGGCGCGGCGAUCGCCGCUUCGGAUAGCGUUUCAGACGCAGACACAGAAGACGAGAUCGAGCAAGUGCGACGGCAGCAGGCGCAGCGGGCCGGCCAGCCCGACUCCGGCGACGACACGGAGCCCGAGCCGCUCGCCGACACUCACGUGCAGCUCGAUAGCACUAAGCUGCUGCCGGAGUUCCUGGGCGGCUACACGCUGGUGGUGUGCGAGGCGGUGCGGCGGCGCGGCCACGACGCGGCGCUGCUGCGGCGCCUCGCGCGCGCCUACGGGGCCGCCGUGCUGCCGGAAGAAGAAGUGACGGAGGAGAGCGAAGUGCACUACAUAGUGUGCGACAGAGCGGACGCUCUGCCGGAGUGCGGCGCCGUGCGCGUGGCGCCGAGCUGGCUGUGGCGCGCGCACACGCGCAAGCGGCGCCCGUCCGACGAGCGCGACGAGCUGCGCUGAGCGUGUGUGCGUGCGAAUGUUACGUUAAAGUAUUGUUGUGUGCGCUGGGCGUUUGCGUACGUGCUUUAUGUUUUCGUGCCGAGUGCUCUCGUGUGCGUACAUGCGCUGUGAGAAUAUAAAAUUUGUAUACGUAUGUGUGCGUGUGUGCGUGUGUGCUUGAAUAUAAUGUAAUACCACUGAUCAUGUCUGUGCGUGAGUGUUGCGUGAUGUGGACAUUAGCAAUGCACGUGUGAGUGCGUGAUGAUGUUAUGUUGACAGUUAGUUUUUACACUCUGAAUGUAUACGUGUGUGUAUAUUAUGGACACAUUGAAUUUUCUAAUACCGUGUAAGGUUCGCGUAUUUGAGCAGUUGUUAAAAAUACACUCCAAAAAAAGUUGUGACUGUAUAGUGUCUAUUUAUAUAAAUGAGGAAAACUAUAAUUUACCUCCUGGCUAAAGUGAUGGUUGUAAUUGUGCAGUGCCUUUUCCAAAUAAAAUUUAUUUUAUUCCAUAUGUAUAAUUUUGUUUCACUUUUAACAUAUAUAUAAAAUACAUAUUCAUCCAUAUUAUAAAAUAUUUUAUUAUUAUUCACAUGUACAGCAUUUGAUGAAAAUUGUUAAUAACAUUACCUUCCGUUUAUUUGAACGUUUUGAAAACUGAUUAUAAUUAAAUAAUUGUUACGUUUCAUAAUAAAUGUC